UUAACCGUCGAUGCUGUCAUCACCGUGAAUAGGUGAAGAGAGAAAAACGAAUGGAGAGGGACUGCUGCCUGAUCAUGUCUGCUCUGGUUCGACCUGGAGUUAAUGUUUCAGAGCUAUGUAAGGAUGGAGACAAGUUCCUUGAGGCUGGAGAGUUGGGGAGGGCUACCUCUCUCUACAUGUCUGCCUUCAGGACUCACGCCGCCUCCACCGUGUCCCACAUGCGGAACUUGAAGUCAGGCAUGGGUGGGGUGAUCUCUACUCUAGAAGGAUGGCUUGACAGUCAUGGGGAGAACCACCCUGUUCCGGGUUUUAACAAAGGUCUUGCAGCUGUGUUUCUGUCCACACUCUGCCCUAACAAUCUGUCAGCCACAAUUUUUAAGAUGGAAUCACUCCUUCAGAGUGGCGUGCAUGGCUGCGAGGAGAUUUUUGCUCGCUGCACUGCUCUGCUUGAAGGGAUGCAAAACCCUCAUCCACAAGAUGCGACUCGCAUGGUGUUGGAGAUAACUCGUGCCCUGGCCUGCUUGCUCUCAGAGACUCACAGUAUCAAGGGCCUGAAGCUUUACCUCAAAGCUUACCAGAGUAACAAAUCUGAAACCGUCACACUGGUGAAAAGCAGACAAGCUCAGCACCUUACCAAAAUAGUGAUGGCCUUUACAGACCAAAUACUGCACAUACAUCCCUCCCUGAUAUCUGACAGCGAGUGUGCAGUGACAACAAAGGAGAAUGAUAAGCUAGAUGUAGAGGCUUCUUCUUGUUCUACAAUUAUUGAGUUUUUGUUGGCUAUCUCACCUGGCAAUAGAGAAGUGCAUGAACUUCAAGCAGCAUAUUUAUUUUUGACAGGCAGGUUUAUGGACAGUGCAGAGGUGUACUCUGCUCUCUUGCAUCAUGGUAAUUGUCAGAAAACAUCAGAGUGUAGCACAGACAAAUCAUACCAAGACCCUCCUGAGAGGAGAGCUAGACUCUUAACCAGUCGAGCAGCUGCCUGCUUGUCUGCAGGUGGACGGACCGCGGAGGCAUGCAGGGAUCUGGGUGAAGCAUUUGAGUUUCACCCUGCCACUGCCCGAAUUUAUUUUCAAAAGCUAUUCACAGAUCAUGGUACUGCUCGCAACCAUCUCCGUCAGCAGGCAGAGAGAGGCCUGUAUGGUUACAGAGAACGGGUCACCAUCCGUCCAGACCUGAGGUCCUCUGAAGGAGUUGAGCUCCUGGACCCUGUGAUCACUCAGUUACGGACUCUGUGCCAUUUAGAGCCUGACGGGGGAGGCAGAGAGUUGCGAGUACGACUGGCUGACUGUCUGCUCCUCAGAGGGGAACACAAAGAGACCCUCUCCAUCUGUAGCCAGCUAGCUGCUGCCCAAGGUCAGCAGAGCUAUCAAAACACGGUGCAGGUUCUUUGUGGAUAUGCACGACUUCUCUCAGAUGACCACAAGGGGGCGUUAGAAGACUUCCAGGCUGUGAUUGAACACAAUGCCCCCCACCCAUCCAGCUGUGUGCGUGCCCUCUGUGGCAGGGGGCUCCUGCGAAUGAUGGGCGGCUUACACUACCUCACAGCUCUUGACUAUGUGACAGCUAGCAGGCUGCACCCUCAGGAAACCGCACUGACUGUUCGCUGCUUGGUGCCAUGGAACUACAGGGGGCUGCUGUUUACUGUUUUACUAGAGCAGGGACGAGUCAUGCUGGAGGGGACAGGGGAGCACGAAUCCAAGUCCAGUUCAAGUGAAGACUCCCAACAGCCCCAGCAGGGGGAUCAGCCCCAGGCCCCUUCAAAGAGAAAAAAACACAGAUCAGGGACUCCAGCUGGUGUCCAGUCUCUAGCUGUGCUGCUGAUGGAGCUCCAGCCCGGUGAUGAUGGGUCUCAGAUUCUGGCAGCAGAUGCUUUGUACCAGCUUGGCCGAGUGGAGGAGGCCUACCGCCUACUACUUUCCAUUGGGCCCAGCAGUCCUCGGGCACCCAUCCUGGCUCGCCUCGCCCUGCUACAGCUGCACAGAGGCUUUCUUUAUGACACCAAUCAGCUGCUUAAAAAGCUCAUUCAGUGUGGCGAUACGAGCUGCUUGCGCCCCCUGUUGGCGGUAGCACAACAGAAGGACCGGGCUCUUCUGCAGGCGCACUGCCACUCUGCUGCUAAACGCAUCCUGGAGGGCACGCGAGAGGAGAGCACCAUCAGGGAGGCUGUGGCAUAUCUCUCCAUUGCCAUCAUGGCCUCUGGUGGCGUGGCAGCAGAGUCUUUACUAGAGAGAGCGAGGUGUUAUGCCCUGCUGGGCCAACGAAAGACAGCCAUCUUUGAUUUCAGUGCCAUACUGAAGGAGCACCCGAAACAUGUUCAGGCCCUCUGUGGAAGAGGCUUCACCUAUCUCAUGCUGAACCAACAAAAAGAAUGCACUCAUGAUAUACUGGCAGCCCUUCAGAUAAACACUGACAUAGUCACCAAAGACAUCCUAUCACUCAAGGACAAGGCACGAAAGCUUGUCUGUGAUUGGCUGCAUCAGCUCUGUCGGACCAAUCUGUCGGACAUCCUGCUCGCCAAUGCUGUCCCCUGCCAUGAAGAGCAGCUCAGAGAGGCUUUUACAAUUGGUGGAGCUCUGAUGAAGACAGACUGCAGAGACCCCAGAUGGCAUCUCCUCUAUGUGGACAUACUUUUAGCCAAAGGUGAAGUUAAGGCAGCAGGCGCUCAUCUGUGCCAGGUGUUUGGCCAGGAGCCGAGAGAUGCAGUGGCCCAGGCCAGGGUGGGUGUGCUGGAGGCCUGGAAGCAGAACUACCGCAGCGCAGCUCGCAGGCUCAGCAAACUGACUGAGAAAGAUUUGUCCAGUCUGGGCUUCUUGCUGGCCCUUAUCCCAUUCAAUCAGCGCAAAUGCAUGGCACAGGCAGCAGCACAGGAGGCCAGCAGUGUGUCAUCAGGUGGCCAGUGGGAUCAGGCCCUCAAACUCCUGACUGUGGCAGUACAAGCAGUGGGCAAUUACAGACUCCAGUAUCUUCGCCAGCGGGCUGCGUGCCUCGCUCACCUGGGCCUACACGAGCGGGCCAUAGCUGACCUGGACAGAGUUAUCCAGAAACACAAUGGAUCUGAUGCCAGCUGCUCAGAUGAGUCCCAAGUGUGGGCAGAAGACCUGUGUCGGCGAGGCCACAGCCUGGUGCUAUGUUCCAGAGAAGGAGCUGCUCUAGAGGACUUUACUCGGGCCUUGGAGCUCCACAGGAACCAAGCCAUCCAGUGUGUGGAGGCUGGUCUGGGGAGGCUACGUCUGGCUGAGUGCUUCCUGCGGGGAGCACUGCAGCACUAUGGGGAGCAGCAGCUCAGUAAAGCCUGGACAAUGAUUGAAAGUGGUCUAGUUGUGGACAGUGACAACACAGAGCUACGCAGACUGAGGGCAAAGGUCAAACGAGAAGUAGCCAGCCCCUGCAAUGUCAACUAG